AUGUCCUUGUUCCGGAUGUGGGGAGUGCAGAUGAGUCCACAGCAGCUGGAUGCACGCAGAUGUGUAGAUGGGAAUAUUGUGACUUGGAGAGAGCAAGAUUGGGAUUAUCAGAAGUGUCCACCCAUUCCGGAUGACAACUUUCUUUGCGAAUCAUCAAAAUAUAAAAUUCAAAUGAACACAGCUAUUACACAAAAUAUCAAUAAUGAUAAUACUGAAAAUUAUAUCCAGGAAAUUGUUUUAAUCUGGCUGAAGCACGUUUUCCCUCAGAAAAUAUCAGUGCAUUCUGUGUUCCUGUCAAAUUUAAGCCCUCAAACAGGAGCUGGUUUAGCUGGACAAAAUAUGGAGGAAAUUCAGGGCACUGUAAAGUCACCAGUCAAGACACAAUGGUUUGAUUGUGUGGUGUUUGUGAGAGUGAUACCUGCAGCUGAUGUGAGUGAAACAGUGUCUAUGAUACAGGGGCUGUUAAUACCCAUCUAUAUCUACAACAACAUCCUCCUGAAAACAAACCCAGCAUCUAUAAACAUCCUCUCAGUAGCUGUCUUUCCCAACGCGACUUCAAAUCCUGCUUUGACCACUGUUGCACCAGUCUCAAGUACAAAUAUUACAAUAUCAGGUCUGUGCCAUUCAGAGCUUCAUAACUCACCAAGAACCCGCACAGCAUCACAAACACUGGCAAUGGAAAAGAUCUGUUUAAUCACUUCAGGCUUCAUUUCAAACAGAGAUUUUGGAGACAUUUUUUAUAGAGUUUAUCUCAAUCUAACAAUGAGUGGCAGCAUCACAGACCCUCAACACACUAUACAGCAAUGGCUUCAGCAAACACUGGGAAAAUGCAACAUGGAUGUUUGGAACCUUGUGAUAAAAGGAGGUCCUAAGUACAUCACUACUUUUCAGGUUCAGGCUAUGGCACCAGUGAAUGUCACAGCAACAGAGAGACUGAUUUUUGAACUUUUGACAAAAGGAUACACCAAUGCUACCAUCAGUAUCAGUGUCCCGUCCGGUGAAGUUAACAUCAGCCAUAUAGAACCAGGCCUUUGUCCAGAGGAAACCAUGCUCACAGUGUAUGGUGUAUACAUGUGGCCCGAAAUGACAGUUCAAAGUGAAUAUAGCAUGGGGUGUGUAAGAGGGAAUGAAAUUGCUUCAAGGUUUUGUAAGUUAAACGGGGCAACUGACAGAGCAGUGUGGGAUCAUCCAGACAUGAGCAAGUGUAUUCGGACAGUUUCAGAUUUUGAUGAUUUGGAAAAUAUCACAGUUACAGCUGACAACUCAGCAGACAUUGUGGAUAUGAUUGAGGAUCUUUUAAAGGAACAAACCGAUCUGAAUGAUGCUCAGCUGGACAUUGUGCUUGAAAAACUGUCUGAGGUCACUGAGGUUGGAACCUUGACCACAGACCUGUCCAGCGACAUUACUAAAAUUGUUUCAGAUAUCUGUUAUAUCAAAACUAGUCCCACCCAAAUCAACAAAAUUCUUUCUAUUACAGACCUUAUGGGAGACAGGACGGUGUUCGAGGGAGAUGCUCAUAACAUGACAGCACCUUCAUUAGCACUUCAGCUGAUCAACCCUGACACCUCUCAGUUCCAUGGCCUCACAUUCGAGGUGUCCUCCUUACUGAAUGAUAGCACCCCUGAGAUAUUUUAUGACAAGAACUUUACAGUGCAUCCAGACACAGGAACUAUAGCAUUCAUUUCUUUACCUCAUGCAAUUGAGAGCUUUUUCCCGAACAAUGGAGCCAGACCUCGUGUACAGUUUCAUUUUUAUGGCACAGAACAUUUAUUUGAGGACCCCACAGCCAACAUGAAGCUGAACUCUUAUGUAGUAUCUGCCAGUGUCACCAAUGCCACAGUAAGCAACCUUGAGAUCCCAGUGAUGGUCACUCUCCGCCAUCUCCAAAACAAAGAGGAUUGGGACACUGUCAAGUGUGUCUACUGGGACUUCAACAAAAACGAUGAUAAAGGUGGAUGGAAUGAUACAGGAUGUGAGACAGUGAUGUCUAAUGCCACUUAUACAUCCUGUUCCUGUGAUCACCUCACACAUUUUGGAGCUCUUCUGGAUAUCUCUAAAACCCCAAUAAGUGCGAAAGACGAAAGGAUUCUUACUAUCAUCUCGUACCUGGGCAGUGGCAUAUCCUCCAUCUUUCUUGGAGUCACACUGUUGACGUAUUUGGCCUUUGAGAAACUGAGGCGAGACUACCCUUCAAAGAUCCUUAUUAACCUCUCCGUAGCCUUGCUAGGGUUGAACAUGCUCUUCCUUGUGAACUCCUGGCUUGCCUCUUUUAACAGCAAUGCCAUCUGUAUUACUGUAGCAGCCUUUCAACAUUACUUUUUCCUGGCUACCUUUACUUGGAUGGGACUGGGUGCAAUCAACAUGUACCUGGCCUUGGUCAAGGUCUUUAAUUCAUAUGUGCCGUCUUACAUCCUCAAAUUCGGUGCACUUGGAUGGGGUUUACCUCUGCUGGUUGUAAGUUUAGUGCUUGCCAUUGAUAUCAAUUCAUAUGGCACCGGCCUCUCCAGAGAACUUCUCCAAGAAUCCACUGCAUUUUGCUGGUUAAAGAAUGACGUGACCUUUUAUGUGACGGUGGUUUCCUUCGUGACCCUGGUCAUGGUCUGUAACAUCAGCGUGUUUGUCGUGGUGCUGGUACAGAUCCGUAAAAUGCGGGUCAAUAAGCCUUCCAGCAGCAGAAAAGGGUUCCUGCAUGACCUGAGAGUGGUGGCCAGUCUCACCUUCCUGCUGGGACUUACCUGGAUACUAACUUUUGUCGCCUGGGGCCCAGCCAAAACACCCUUGCUGUACCUGUUCUCCCUCCUCAACAGUCUUCAAGGUUUCUUUAUCUUCCUGUUUUAUUGUCUGAUGAAAGACAAUGUAAGGAAGCAGUGGAGGAUACAUCUCUGCUGUGGAAGAUUCAGACAGACUGAAUACUCAGACUGGAGCCGUUCUGUUACACUGGGGGCCAAAGCGAAAGGUGGUCUAAAAGUCUCCUCACCGUCCAUGAAGUCAGAGACUACCAGUGAAAGGAAGAUCUCCGAUACCUCAAACUCAGGGACCAGCCAUAAUGGUGUUUUCCUGACACAGGACAGAAAACAAUAAAAAGAGG